AGGAGUGCAGUGUCCACAUCAUGCAGGCGCUCAGGAAGGAAGGAAGUCACUGAGACAGAGCUCAGUGGCCCAGAUGGUUUCUGCUCCCUCACUUCACACCUCCUACCUCAGGGCUUCCUUCGGUUUGGGCCCUGCCCCCACGAGGCAGGACCACCUUUGUCCUGGACAGACAGACCUGCUAGCCUCUGCGCUACAGUUCUGCCGGCCUUGGCCCUGGCUGUCCUCACACGAGUGCCCCCUCCCUUCUCUCCUCCCUCAGCCCCGCCUCCUUCCUCUAGCCCCAUAGCCCUGGACACGGUACACACAGACCAGAGCCUUGGCUCAAAGGCGAACAAAAGGAACUGUCUGGCUCUCCAUGGCUGUGGCCAGCACCUUCAUACCAGGGCUCAACCCUCAGAACGCUCAUUAUAUCCCGGGGUACACUGGACACUGCCCACUAUUUCGGUUCAGCAUGGGCCAGACCUAUGGGCAGGUGACUGGUCAGCUACUUCGAGACCCUCCUGGCCUAGCCUGGCCCCCUGUCCACCGCACACUUCUGCCUCCCAUUCGGCCUCCAAGAUCUCCUGAGGUUCCCAGGGAGAGCCUACCUCUCAGGCAUGGGCAUGAAAGGCUCAGCUCCAGCAUGAUCCCUCGGUACACAGGUUUUGUACCCCGGGCACAGUUCAUCUUUGCCAAGAACUGCAGCCAGGUCUGGGCCGAGGCUCUGAGUGACUUUACCCACUUGCAUGGAAAGCAAGGGAGUGAAGAGCUGCCAAAGGAGGCCAAGGGAAGAAAGGACACAGAGAAGGACCAGGUACCAGAGCCAGAGGGGCAGCUGGAGGAGCAGCCAGCACUGGAGGUGGUGGAACAAGCGUCUCCCUACUCCAUGGAUGACAGGGACCCUCGCACGUUCUUCGUGUCAGGCUUCACCGGCUAUGUGCCCCGCACCCGCUUCCUCUUGGGCUCCAGCUUUCCUGUGCUCAGCAACCAGGCACUGCAGGAAUUUGGGCAGAAGCACUCACCAGGCAGUGCCCAGAAGGACCCCAAAUAUCUCCCCCCACUUCCCAGGACAUACCCUCAGAACCUGGGUCUUUUACCUAACUAUGGGGGCUAUGUGCCAGGGUAUAAGUUCCAGUUUGGCCACACAUUUGGCCAUCUCACCCAUGAUGCUCUGGGCCUCAGCACCUUCCAGAAGCAGCUCUUGGCUUAGGCCCCUGGACAUCAAGUUCCCUUCCCUUUUCAUCCUAUCCCAGCCAUCCUUUUGGAAGGGAGAAAGGUGGGUAGGAGGAGCACAAAGAGAAAAUGGUCUGGAGGCUGAGCACCUUUUUUAUUAAUAGGUAUAAUAAAUAAAUAAAUAAAUACAUAAACAGA